AUGGAGGACAAUUACGCCCCCCGCUCAAAACGUAUCGCAUGCAUUAUGUGUCGGAAGAGGAAGCUGAAAUGCAACGAGAAAAGACCUGCUUGCGGGACUUGUUCUAGACUGGGAUAUGAAUGUGCGUAUGAUGAAGGGCGUAAAAAAAGCGGACCCAAGGGGAACUACAGGAAGCAGUUGGAAACACGAUUAGCUCAGGUUGAAACCUUACUCAAGGCACAAGGUCCACUAGCCUCCGUCACUCAAGAAAACAAUCUUGCCGCCACAGUAUCGAACAAUUUCACUAUCACGUCUGAAAUCCCUUCAUUUGGGGACAACGUGGAUCAUCCGCUAUCGCCGCCGACACACAUUUCAGGGGAAGUACUCGCCAGUCAAUUUUUUGAGCCUGCAGUUGAAACAAAGGGCAACGAAAGCACUGAGUGGCAGAUGAUAAGUCUAGGAAUAGAGGAACCUCUCCCGAGUCAGCAAGCCGUAGACGAGUUGAAUCAGAUUUAUUUCGACAAGGUACAUCCAAGUAUACCGGUCAUCCACCCUCCCCGACAUCUCGCAACUAGCAUUCUCGCUCCAAACAUAAGUACCGCAAUUUGCACUCUCUUUUCUAUCAACGAGCUCGCAAAUGGCCCGGACCUUGAAGUAAAACAGAUACUACCAGGCCCGAGGGAUUGGACAGAGAAAGAGGAGCGACGGAGAGUUUUUUGGAUGGCAUUCUGCAUUGACCGUUAUGCCAGUGCUGGGACUGGCUGGCCAGUGGUCUUUGAUGUGCGAGAUAUUAGAACAAAUGUACCAGCAUCUGAAGAGGCGUUCUUGUGGAGCAUACCACAGCGAACUCUUCCCGUGACGGAUUUAUUAGAAGGACGUGGGAUUUCAACACUGUCUACAUUUGGGAGCAUGGCAUUCAUAGCAACGUUAUUCGGUCAGAUCCUCUCACAAACAAGUCGGCCUGACCCGAACGACGAUGUCAACGACCUCAACAGCGGAUAUUGGCAGCGGCAUAAAUCUCUCGACAAUAUAUUGCUUGACGUUGCUUUAGCAAUGCCCAACUGUCUCCACCUUCCGGUUGGGUUGCCCGAUCCGAAUUCCGUUCUUUGCAACAUGGUCCUCAAUACAUCCGUGAUAUGUCUUCAUCAAGCUGCUAUUUGCAGGGCUGAAAAAAGCAAAAUACUUGAACAAGUCGUCAACAAGAGUAAAAUGAGAUGCACUGCUGCUGCUGAUCAGGUCCUGAACAUCAUGAGAACAAUAAGUCAUGUAGAUCUAAGCACAAUGAACCCUGUCGUGUCAUUGUGCAUUUAUGUCGCGUCACGUGUAUUAUUGCAGCACUUGAGAACAUGCCCAGACGAUACGGCUGCCCGUUCAUCACUACAAUUCAUCUUCUCAGCCCUGAGUGCCCUAAAACACAAGAAUACCCUGGCGGAAUCCCUUCUUGUACAACUAGAGGUCGACAUCGAUGGCACACCAUUUAGCGGCCUCCAACGUCCCAAGCAAAUUAUUUCACCCAAGGAAAAAGUUUCUUAUAAGUCAAAAGAAUGCGUCCUUUUACUCCCCCUCGAGAAAUCUCAACCAAAUGAUAAGCGAGAUGAUAUGAACACGUCCCCUGCGUGCACCUCGUUCCCCAACCCUGAGAAGACAAACGGGCCACAGACAAUCAACCCACCGCACAGUCUCAACGCAGGAGGCCAAUCAAGCUUUUCAAGUAUAGAUCUAGGAAUGCAAGUGUCACCGGAUACCGUCCACUCGGGAUUGUCGACCCUUGGGUCAGCAUCAGAAUCUUUAAGGCCCGAUAGACUUUCUCCAAGGAGACAUUGGCCUCAUGAAGCCCAUUCCAACGACAACUGGCUCAAUGGUUUUGAGAAUAAUAGUAUCAUGAAUUCACAGUUAAGCGCGAUGACGAUUUCUCAAUUUGGUGAAAUCCCUACUCCAGAUCGCAUGCUUGUUCCAGAUACCAUCCCGCCGCCGGAGUCGAACGGGUCAGAAGCGUCAACGCAAGUUCCUCUCACGUGGGAUUUCACUAUUCCCUUUAGCACUAAUAAUUUCGAUAAUGGUGACAAUAUGGAGAUAAUGUUUGGGGAAAUGAACGCGUUGGAGGAGGCACAGUCGGCUGGGAAUUUGAGUUCCACAGGGUAG